AUGAUUCAAAUGACAGGAAAUAUGGAACAAGGCUCGCAAACUGACAAGAUCGAAACGAAAGAAUUUUCGCAACAAACGGGGGAUGAAGUAGGAAAAUGGUUUACAGAGGAGGAGAUGGUCGUGUGUCACGAAAAAAAAGGGAUGGUGAACGAGAAAGUAGAUACGAUAGUAAUGAUGAGUCCAUCUAAAAAAAAAGGGAAAUAUAAAAAUGAGUCUACGCAAACGGCCAAAAUAACGAAAGAUAAACAAAUUCAAACGGAUUGGGUGCUCUGUAAGAUCGAUCUAGUAGAUCAAAGGCAAUCAAGACGAGAAAUUUGUUUGCACCACAUCGCGCGCCAUCAUUUUUUUUCACGAGUGAAGGAUGAAUUUCAAGUUCCACCAAUUCUUUCGCCGAUCGAGGAGAAUACUAUCGCUAGAGUCAACAGGAAAUCUGAAGAUGAAUGGACAAGAUGGAAAGUGGGCGAAUUCAAUUGGGAAAUCGAGAAGGAAAAUACUCAAGGGGAUGUUAUGGAGACGAAAAGCGAUGAAAAGGAGGCCAACAAGGAGUUGCACCACGAGUUAAAAACAGGAAUAAAGGUGAAGGAGGAAGAGGAAAAUACUAUGGGCGAUGUCAAAAAACAGAAUGAGAGGCAGGUGUGUCUAACACAACAACAGGAUACAACAGCGGAAAUAAAAAGGAAAAAGGAUCUUCCCAAUGAUGCAACAGAAACAAAAAGGAACAAAAAAGGGUUUAGCCAAAUAUCACCAAGCGAUUUGGAAACAUUAAAAGGAGCAAACUGGCUGAAUGAUAUGAUUAUUAAUUCAUAUUUGGAGAUUAUUGCCGAAGAAGGAAAUUUGGAUCAGACGGUGAACCCAACGGUGUACGCUAUGAGCUCAUUUUUUUUUCCCCGACUUCACACAGGAGGAUAUGGCUCCGUAAAAAGAUGGACGAAGAGGGUCAAUGUGUUUAAAUACGACAAAAUCCUCGUGCCAAUUCAUUUAGGUAGACAUUGGUGCCUUGCAAUCAUUAAAUUUAAUUCAAAAUCCAUAGUUUACUAUGACAGUUUUAAGGGGGAGAAUCCAAGAUAUCUAUGCACUCUGCUAGAGUAUUUGGUGAUGGAGGCCAAACAGAAAGGAGAAAAAGAGAUUGACAGGGAGGAAUGGACACUGAAAGCAGAAAAGGAUAUUCCCACUCAAGAAAAUGGACAUGAUUGUGGGGUUUUCGUAUGUUUAUUCGCUAGAUAUGAAGCCCAAGAUAAAAAGUACGAUUUUUCGCAGAAAGACAUUCCCGAAAUACGGGUAAAAAUUGGUUGUGAACUUCAAAAUAGUAGAUUGAUGUGA